UGGAUUUGGGUUGUGGGACAGGACUGUCAGGUCAAGUUCUGAAGGAAAAAUACGGCUAUGACAAUCUGGUUGGACUGGAUGUGUCUGAAGACAUGCUAAAUAUCGCGAGAGAUAGAAACAUCUACAAGACUCUUAUCAGCGCUUUUGUGACCACUGAGAAAAUAGAAGACAUACAAGAUGGUGAAUAUGAUGCUGUUAUCUCCUCUGGCGUGAUUACAACUGGGCUUGUGAGGCCCAGUGCUUUUGAUGAAAUCAUACGCUGGAUUAAGUCAGGUUAGUUAGCGAACAGGCUAAGGCUGUACUGGCUUCUCUCUUGGGCAGAAAAACAGUAGAGACCGGGAAUCUAUAUCUUGAUUCUAGCUUUUGAUUCCUCGUGCUUAGGCCUCUUUGAGGUCUUCUCCAAAGGUCAAACCGUGACCUAUACUGGUGCUCUCACAAGAUCUCACCACAUUCUUAGCCAUAAUUUGAAUUGAGAGUUUUUCGACUGUAAAACAAUCCGUAUUUUUGAGUAUUCACGUACGCGUGAACAGUCAAACGAAAGGUCAUGAGCGAGGCUGAAAACAGAGAGCAAGACUGGACGCCCGUGGGCGUGGGCGUGUGAGGCUCGCGCGGCUUGCGUAGCCUGCAAAGCAGGCGUAUUUUGCAGCGCGAUCCAUGACUUUUUUUUUCAGAAAUGACGUUUCCCCGCCAUCUUGGACGUUAAUACUACCACAGAGUUGGGAUGAGUCAAAAACUGAUACAGGGAGAGGUUGAUGGGUGUGAAAUAGAGGAGAGGGAGGGGAGAAAAAAUACAAAAAAUAUUUUCUCUUCUCUCCUCCUUGCCCUCCCCCCACCCUUUCCCGCCCCUCCUCCCUUAGUCUUUUCCUGUGGAGCUGUAGACGGCUAUGCCGCGCUUAUGAGCCCCAAUAAGAGCGAAACAGCUGUCCAUGGCUGCCACUGCCCGAGUGAUAUGGCGGUGCGCAUGCGUGAGGUACUGUCCAGGCCUUGGGUUUGGGUUAGUGUAUGUGUGCCCCUUGCUUUAAGUUUGUCUUGCUUAUUCCGUGAAUUUUGAUUGAAUUGUCUUUUUUUUGUUCCUUACAGGUGGUAUCAUGUGCUUCACCUGUCCAGUGUUUGACAGAGAGGAAGACGGUUACAAGGCGAAAUGUGAAAGUCUGGAAAAAGAAGGAAAAUGGACACUGCACACAAACAAGGAGGCUGAUUACUAUGGCGACAAACUUCCUCGUGGGCGUGGCUAUAAAACCUGUCGAUUGCUGGUCUACAAAAAAGUAUAA